GCUCUUGAAAGCCCUGUGGGACUGGAGGGGGCUCCAGUGAGCAUGUGCAGAAGAACUUGGUGGCUGCUGGCCGCUCGCUCGCUGGCUCGCGCUCGCUCGGCCGGACGAGGCCGGGGCAGGUGGCUGAUGCUCUCAGGGGGCUCACUCUUUGCACCCGCAGUGCUGGCCGCCGGGCUCGGGCAGGCGGGAGGAAGGGACCAGAGGGAGUGGCAGCGGCAGCGGCAGCCCCGGCUCUCGGUACUGUGGCCCCGGCCUCGUUUCUAGGGUCCGGGAGCCGAGGAUGGAGGCAGCUCUGCUGAAGCCACCCGCGCCGCAGAUGAUGGCGGAGCAGGUGAAGUGCUCACCCGGCGGGGGCGGCCCCGGAGCCGGCUCUGGGAGCGUGGUGAACGCGGAACUGGAGGUGAAGAAGCUGCAGGAGCUGGUGCGCAAGCUGGAGAAGCAGAACGAGCAGCUGCGGAGCCGGGCGGCCAGCGCUGCCGCGGCCGCCGCCUCCUCCUCCUCCUCCUCCUCCUCCUCCUGCUCAGUGCCAGCCUCCUCUUUGACCUCCUCCACCCACCCCGCAGCGGCCACCGCCUCCCCGGGCUCGCACCUGCUGCUGCUCCCGCCGCCGCUGUCCCCGCCGGCCGUGGCUGUGACCGUGACCGUUCCGCCCGCAGCUGGAAGCCCCCUGAGCCCCCCGGCCGCAGGAGGCGCGGGGGGAUUGGCAUUGGCACUGAGCCCCGGGGGUAGCAGCAGCGGCAGUAGCGGCAGCAGCAGCCCCGCUUUCCCUGGGACCUACUGCCUACCCAGCCCGGCCCCGACCCUCCUGUGCAGCCUGACCCAGCCCGAACAGCCCUUCGUGUAUUUCAAACCAUCCCCGGCAGGCUUUCCCGGGCCGGGAGAAGGGGGAGGGGGAGGAGGUAGUGGGGGGCAGGAGCCUGGGGUCUCUUCUCCGUUGGGGACAUCGGCCCCGGCCUCUCCUGCUCCGACCCUGCUGGAUGAGGUGGAGCUGCUGGACCUGGAGAAUGGAUUUUGCAGCCAGCUAGAGGACGAGUAUACAUGGUUGUACACAUCUUCUAAAGCAUGCAAUUUGCCAGAAAAUUCAAUGAGCCCUCUUCAGUGGUGUCGACGGGUCCUGGAUAAUCCAACACCUGAGAUGGAAGCUGCAAAACGUUCACUUUGCUUCAGAUUAGAGCAAGCUCUCCGAUGGCGCAGUCUCUUCACCCCACCCACCUCCUUGGCCUUUCCUUAUAGCCCUGUUGCGAGACUCAGUCCAUAUAGCAAUGGCUUUAAUUCUCCCAGCUUCUCUAAAACCUCCAGUAAAGCAAUACUAACACCUGAAAAAACAGGUUAUACUUCCAGGGGCUCCCCCCUUAGUCCUCAGUCAUCCAUAGAUAGUGAAUUGAGUACAUCAGAAUUGGAGGAUGACUCUAUCUCCAUGGGAUAUAAACUACAGGACCUCACUGAUGUUCAGAUCAUGGCUCGCCUGCAAGAAGAAAGUCUUCGACAAGAUUAUGCUUCUACUUCAGCAUCAGUUUCAAGACAUACUUCUGGCAUAUCAUUGAGUUCAGGAAAAAAAGGGACAUUCAGUGAUCAAGAAUAUGAUCGAUACAGUUUGGAGGAUGAUGAAGAGUUUGAUCAUCUGCCACCUCCCCAGCCUCGUCUUCCUCGAUGUUCACCUUUCCAAAGAGGAAUUCCACACUCACAGACUUUCUCUAGCAUUCGGGAAUGUAGAAGGAGUACCAGCUCUCAGUAUUUUCCUUCAAAUAAUUACCAGCAGCAACAGUAUUAUUCACCUCAAGCCCAAACUCCAGAUCAGCAACCAAAUAGGACAAGUGGAGAUAAACUCCGAAGAAGUAUGCCCAACCUAGCACGGAUGCCAAGUACAACAGCUGUCAGUAGCAAUGUUAGUUCUCCAAUCACUGUGAGAAACAGCCAGAGUUUUGACUCAAGCCUGCAUGGUGCUGGUAAUGGAAUGUCAAGGAUACAAUCGUGUAUUCCAUCACCAGGACAGCUUCAACAUCGAGUUCACAGUGUGGGUCAUUUUCCAGUAUCCAUAAGGCAACCUCUUAAAGCUACAGCCUAUGUGAGUCCAACUGUUCAAGGCAGCAGCAAUAUUCCUUUAUCCAACAGCUUACAGGCAUAUUCCAACACAGGAAUUCCCGCGCCAAACAAAACAACUACUCCUGGGAUGAUAGGGAGAAGUGGGCUUCCAAGACCAUCUUUGUCAAUAAAUGGGAGUAACUUGCCCCGGAGCAAAAUUGCACAACCUGUGCGAAGUUUUCUUCAGCCCCCAAAGCCUCUGUCUUCACUUAGCACUCUGAGAGAUGGAAAUUGGAGAGAUGGCUGCUAUUGAUGUGGCAUUUUGUACUCUUAGAAGACUGGGGAAGAAGUGGAAAAUGAGGGUUGUGUUGCCCAGCUGGCUGGGUGACAGUACAAUGGGCGUUUGUGUCUUUCCCUCCUUACGUUUUAAUGGAUUCACCAUGCUGUUUUUCAAUGGACCUAUUAUCGGAGACUAAAUUUUGCACUUAAAUAUUUGCCUGGGAUACUGCAAUGUUCUCAAACCCACAGUUGCAGUAUUGUGACAUUUAGAACUAGAUUUUUUUUUUUUUUUUUAUAGAACUGCUAUGUACCUGAACUACUUUUUGAGAGAAUUAAGAUGUACCAAUAUUAAAUACUGCUUUGCCAUAUCCUUUUUUUUUUUUAAGGUUACCUGUUCAAUGUACUUACACAUUCUAAAUCCUUUUGUCCAUUAUAUGUUCUGUAUUUUAAUACAUUGCCUAUGACUGGGUCUUAUAACAUACUUUGAACUUUAAUUUUUAUAGUUUACAGGAAUCCUAUCUUUUUUGCACUUGUUUCUUUUUAUGCCUAUUUGAACCACUAGGGAACAAUUUACAUUUUUGUGCCAUAAAAAGUAUUUUUGUGGUAAGGUACUAUUUUUUUAGCUCUGGGGAGAGAUCAACAAAAACACACCAUAUAGUUUGAGAGACCUAUAAUCUUGUUUUUGUUGUAGGAUGAGCACAAAAUUGAAGAGUUAAGGGGAGUUGGCUAAGACAGCAAGGGAAUCCAGUGGUUUUUGCCUUGUUAUUGUUUCCUUAAAUGUUAAUUUAUUAUCACAUCCUGUUUGUUAUUUGUGGAUCACAUCACAGAAUCUCAGAGGCUGAAAUGCACAUUGCAUUUACCACGUGCAAUGGUCUCUACACUAACUGUGGGAUUUCAAUACUUUGCUACAAAGGAUGAAACUGUAAUGUUUUACUAACAUUUGCUUCUGGAAAAAAAAAGAAUGCAUUUUAAUGCAAAUAAAUCUUUUUGAUAGACCUUUUACAGAAUCCAAUUGCACUAAUGAAUGCUUUCUUAUGGCAUAUGACCUAAUAUUUGUUACUGUGUAUACCGCUGUUUUGGAAUGUUUCAGAAAUAAAGAAUCUAUUUCAGCAAUA